UAUGAAUGAUAAAAUUAAUAAUUUCCCGUUGAAGAAAACGUCAUCAAUUAAGAAAAAGUGGGAAAAAUUCACUCAUAGAACAACUUUUCACGGAAUAAAGAAUAUCUUUGAAACGAAUAUUUCGUAUUCAAGGCAAAUCUUUUGGAUUUUGAUUGUACUUUGUGCACUCACACUUUUUAUUCUUCAAGUUACGUUAAGACGUAUCCACUUUAGAAAAAAGGAAGCAGCCGUUAAUGUCGAAGUAAUAUACGCAGAUGAACUGGAAUUUCCUACAGUAACAAUCUGUAACCAGAAUAGAUUUCGGUUAUCGAAAAUCGCUGAAUUUGGUUAUUACACAUUUUUUCAAACGCUUUAUAAUACUGAACUGCAAAAUAAGACGAAAUAUUUAAAAAAUUUAGCAGCAAAUUAUUCAUCUUUGGAUGUUCAAAAAUUAAAAUAUAGAGCGAUUCAUCAAGCCAAAGAUUUUGUACAUAGUUGUUGGCUGGGUGAAAUAGACUGCACUCAGCAAUUUUCCACAACAAUAACUGACUACGGCGUCUGUUAUACAAUACAUAAUAAAUCUUUCAAAGUAACAGAAUCUGGAAGGGCGACUGCACUAUCCCUCUGGCUUAAUGUAGAACAUUACGAACAUGUCUUUGGAUAUCACAACAACCCUGGAUUUAAAAUUUUGCUCCAUAAUAACCAUUUUAAAUCCCUUGUAUCUGAUUUAGGUUUCUUAGUAGCCCCGGGAAUGAAUACGCUUGUAAGUAUUAAGAAAACGGAAUUUCAUCAAUUAAAUCCUCCUCAUGGAAACUGUCAAAGUUCUCGUUUUAAAUCUCAUUUAGAAUGCAUUGAUUCGUGUCGAAUGCAAAUGGUUUUUCGGAAAUGCCAAUGUACUCCUUUUCUUGCCGAAAUGAACGGUGUAAGAUACUCGAAUAUUUCUCAAAAUUGUUCAUUUUGGCAAGAAUUCGAUUGCAUUGAACGAGAGAUGAAAAAUUUUAGUUUAAAAGCAAUUAAUUGCAAAUGUUUUUCUCCCUGUUUCUCAAUUGUCUAUGAACCAUCCUUAUCGUCUUCUUCAAUAUCAAGAUUUAGCGCUGGGCACGGUUUUUUACAUAACGAAUCUCUAAGGAAGAAUCUGGAAGAAAAUUUGAGUACAACUUUAGAAUACGCUGAAUUCUUAGACGAUACGAGAAGGAGAAGAAAUGACAAAAUUUUUACCCCUUUUUUAAGAAAAUUUCAAAACUUUUUAUCCGGAUUUAGCGAAUUAAGCGAGUUUCUUAAUAGCUCAAAGAAUUCAAACAUAUUCAACGAUUUUGAACAAUCGAUAAGGAAUGAUAUUACUCUCAUUGUCAAAAACUUGGAAUUACUAAUAAAAGUUAAAAAUUCUGUAUUAUAUAAAGACUUUAUGUCGAAAAUUUAUAAAGUACCAGCUUUUUACAUAAGUUUUCUUAUUCUGAAUCAAACUAUAGUAAAUAAUAUAAAAAAUCUACUUCCCUGCCUCGAAAAAACACCUAACAAUACUAAUCUAAUACUAGAUUGCAUAAAUAUGGAUAAUGUAACUCUAUUGGACGCUUUCCUAAUCAAUUUAACUGAAGUAUAUAAAAGUAAAGAUGAAAUCAUUCAAGAAUUGAACAUGUUAAGUAUAUCUUAUAGGGAUUAUCCUAAGACAAUACAAAAAUUUGCCACCAAGGAAUUUAAUGACGAAAUACUUGAAAAUAUUAUUAAAAAAUGUCAAAAGGAUUUAAAAGAAAUUAACGAUUUAUACGAAGAUUUUAAGAAAACUUUGAACUUACUUCAUGAAGCCAAUUCAAUUGAUGAUCGUUCAAAAGGAGCCGUUUAUUUUAUCUACUUUUUUGAAAAGUUAAAUACCUUAGAGGUUAAUUAUUUGAAAAAUGAAUAUUGUCAUUUAGACAUCGAGAUUGAUAAUAGGAAAAAUCUUUAUACUAUCUACGAUAAGCUCAAUAAAUACCUUCAUAAAGUUGCAUCAUAUAAUAAAUCUUUAAAGAUAAUAUUUGAAGAUGUAGACAAGUUGAUAUUAUUCCACGAGAGUCUAAAGAAAUUUAUGGAACGUACUACUUUAACUGAACAACCUAAGAAAAAAGAUUUAAUAGAUAUACUUAAUAAGGAUAGAAUUUUUAGUAAAAUCUACGAAUUACGUAAUACAUUAACUUUUAUUGAUAAUUUACUUCGAGAAUUUCAAGAUAUAGCUUUUGAAAUAUAUGAUACUUACAAUUCAAACUACAAAUCAAAAUGGAAUAAGUUUUUUCAACCUUUACCGUCUUCAAUGCAACUAUUAAAAUUUUUCAAAGUCUAUGGACAACAAAUUGAAACUGAUUUAACUAGUUGUUCAAGCAGUAAUCUCACAUCACUUCAAUAUGGAGCUUGUUUCCUACGUUGGUCAAUAAUCAUUAAUAUUAAGGCAACUAAUAUUACGUUAUUACUAAAAGAGAAAAUAUCACCGUCUAUAUCUACAUUUUUAGAUGUUAAUAGUGAAUUGAAAUCUUUUGAAAAGGUGUUGAUUGUUGACGACGAUUUCUUUUUGCGUAACUUUGCUAAAGUUGAUAUAUUCUAUCAAGAAUUAUCCUAUCAAAAGAUUAUACAGAUUAAAACGUUCGAAUAUCUCUCUUUUCUAUCAGAGAUCGGAGGUCUUAUGGGAAUGCUACUUGGAGGAUCUGUAGUAACUUUAAUUGAAUUUAUUGAAUUCUUUAUAACAAUUAAUUAUACUUCUGUUGACGCUUUCAACGUACAAACCGAAGCUAUUCAUCACGGAGAUGAUUUUAUUUAUCGUUGCUCAUGGGCUGGUGCAAACUGUCUCCAGAAUUUCCACCCAGUUUAUACAGAUUACGGUAUCUGUCAAUCUUUUAACACGAACAAGUCUAUAAUAGUAACUGAAUGGGGGAGGGCCAACGCACUAUCCCUCCUGUUGAAUAUUGAACAGUAUGAACACAUGCCCGGUCCUGAUAACGGCGCCGGACUGAAAAUACUGCUCCACGAUGAUCACGAUAAACCUCUAGUUUCCGAUCUGGGUUUUGUUGUUUCGACCGGAAUGCAUACAAUUAUCAGCGUAAAGAGAACAGAGAUUCAUAGUUUAAGCCCGCCUUACGGUUAUUGUGAGAAUUCGCAUUUUAAAUCUCACGCUGAAUGUGUUGAUUUUUGUAGAAUUCAAAUAGUCGUUAAAAAAUGUCAAUGCAGACCUCUUUAUCUCUAUUAUAUGUGGGAAUUCAUAAAAAUGGUGAAUAGCUGUUCUCUGGGAGAAGAGUUUCUCUGCUUUGAGAACGAACUUAAUAAAUUAAAGUACAAAAAGAUUAAUUGUGACUGUCACAUGCCAUGCUUUCAAGUUUCCUACCAACCGUCAAUCUCUUCGUCAGCGAUAUCAAAGAUAAGUGUCGAAAAAGAUCUCUUUCAAAACGAAUCUUUAUUAGAAAAUUUAAAAGAAAGCGUUCAAAAAUCUCUAGAAUACACAGAGGUACUGGAAGAAGAAGUGAUUAUGACACAUUUCCCAAAUAGAUCGUAUAGCGAAAAGAUUAUCACAAAAUGCAUGAAGAGACUAACUAUAUUAGAGUAUCAUCUGGGACAAGUAAAUGACAUUAUCUCCUGGCUUCAGUCAAAUACUACUAAGGCAAUGGCUAUUGAAGGCGUAUACGUUAUGACAACCACUAUUGAAGUAAUAAAUUCGUUGCAGUUCGAAGAAGAUUUUCAAACGUAUUGUCUAAUAAACAAGAAAGAAGAAAACGAUACUAUACUAUUCCUUGAACGUUUACCUACAUUUAAGGAGCAAGUUUCACAGAUAUUAGCAAUAUUUUUUAAUGUUCAAAAAGAAUUGAGAAUCUUUGAGAAAAAUACUUAUAUUGACGAAGAUUUCUUUUUGCGAAACUUUGUCAAAGUUGAAAUUUUUUAUAAAGAAAUGAGUUAUGAGAAAAUUACUCAAAUGAAAAAGUUUGAAUUUUUGGCAUUUAUCUCAGAGAUUGGAGGAUUUAUGGGUCUUUUACUUGGAGCUUCAGUGGUUACUAUAAUUGAAUUUAUAGAGUUUUUCUUUCUAAAGGUAAUUAACAAAGUUUAUACACUAAGAAAAAGAUAUACAGAUAAUGAAGAUAAGUGCUAA